GUACAUACAUUCUAAUAAGAACCUCUCGCUCGUUGGGGGUACCUUACCGUUGGAAGUACAUUACCGUUGAAAGUAUCCGAUGGCUUAGCCCUGCAGGCGCUUUACACUCAUCAGCAACACAACGGGUUCUCUUAAAGCUGCCACACAUGGCUUCUCAUCACAAGGUGCAGCUUUACCUGGCCCUUCGUCCCAGGUGCCUUCAAAGAGUCUCCAGACUCUAUAUACAGAAACAUGGCUGAUCCAGGAAACGGUACGGCACCCACCAAUAACAGCAACACCAAUGAAGCGCAGCAUCAGAGAAUCCGCGUGGUCGUGAAGCGACGGGGCCGUUUCUUGCUGCUCAACUUCCAGAACGACGCCAUGCAGAGCGGAGACCAGGUCAUGAGAACCAUUCGGCACGAGUGUAGCUAUGCCCUGGUCCCCGGUCGAGCAAGCUGGCUCCCUGCUUCACUGUUCCGAAGGCAUGUUGUAUAUAUUGGGACUAUCUCGAUUCUCUCGCCGCCAGACGACCGCGAAUCUGGGAAUGGACUUCGCGAAGUCGCCAUUUCCCAACUGGAAUAUUCGGCAGCCCUCACGCUGGCAUUCUCCCGUCCGGACAUUCUCCGAGAUGCCGGGCCGUUCGCGCAGCGAUAUCCUGAUACAAUCGAGGUAGAUCCUCCAAACCCUGAGCAAUCGUUGAUGAAAGCGGUUGUGGUCGUCCUGAGGAUAAACAAGUCGAUUGUGUUCUUCCUGGUUGGGCUGGCCUUGCUGGCCGCAACCGCAGUGAGCCUCGGGGUUGGCAUCACACUGUCAAGCCUAGAGAUUGGGCUUACGUGCUUCACUGUAGUGAGCGCCGCUCUGUCGUUGAUCAUUGCUGUGUUGCACUGGGCAACCAAGUGAAGACAUGUCUCUUCUUGGUCAUGCAUAUCUGGAAGAAGGGAUGUUGCUUCGCCCGUUGAUAACGCAACUUGAUAUUGAUAUAUCGAGUAGGGGAAACUUGGAGACAGGGUCCAUAUAGACGAUGCAACUCAUUCGUCAAGUUUUGCAGAUGCUCAUGAAAGCAACAGUGUCUCUGU